GUAACUCGACGCACCAUCACGCUAAUUAAAUCUAGAAAGGGUGCCGGUGCUCACUCUACUGACAAGCCGAUCAAGACGGAAGUCACAACGAACGGCACUGAUACCAUAGCAAGUGAAGCAACAGCGAGUCGUCGCAUGUCCCGUGCUCGUCGCUUACCUGCAUGGUACAAAGAUUAUGAUACAGACUUUGGCACACAAGAGGAACCGGUGCUCAACCGGGAACAAGUUCAAGCCCAACUGCCCCCGGGUAUAGAACUGGAAGAUCCAUCUGCAAUUGAGAAACCUGAUGUACCGACUGAGGAGUGGAACAUUGUUGUAUAUGAUGACGAAGAAGAUGAGGAGGAGGAGGAAGAAGAAGAAGAGCCAGAUAACAAUCAGGAUUAUGUACCUUUGGACGAUGGGGAAAACUGCGAUCCAGAUAUAUUAGCUAAUGCAGCUAGCAUUUUAACCGCCUAA